AUAGAAUUCCUCAGACAUGUCGUAGGAACUUCCCGAAUAAAUUUUCAGUGGGCUACUUUUCAGCUUGUCAAAAGAAUUUUCUUUCGUCGGUGCGGUUCUCCUCAAAAUAAACCCCAAAAAACAAGAUGCCACUUCUUCUGCGAGGAGCCCGUAUGCUGGCCACGCGUGGAACGCGUUUCCUGCAAUCUCGUGGCUAUGCUGAUGAAAUGAAACUCACAUUUGCGGCUGCAAAUCAAGUUUUCUACGACGACCUGGAAGUCCGGCAGAUUGACGUGCCCACCUUCAGUGGGAGCUUCGGUAUUCUCCCCAAUCACGUACCAACAUUGGCUGUCUUGCAACCCGGUGUGGUGCAGGUGUAUGAGAAGGAUGGUGCUUCGAAGAAGUUCUUCGUCUCCAGUGGCACCGUCACCGUCAACAAUGACUCUUCCGUACAAGUUCUCGCCGAAGAAGCACAUCCCCUUGAAAGUCUCGAUGCUAGUGCUUGCCGUGAGGUUCUUCAGGCAUCCCAGCAGCAGUUGUCUUCAGCUCAGAAUGAUGUGGCAAAAGCCGAAGCAGCGAUUGCAGUGGAAACGGCGGAAGCUCUCGUGAAGGCUGUCCAGUAAGUCAUUCUUCUUAAAGAAAAAAAAAAUAAAUAAAUAAAAAUUGAUUCAGAAUAGAAUGUGAAAAAUGUAAAGAUUGAAAUUAAAAAAAAAACUUAAAAUCCA